ACCUCAGAAUCUUCUCACUGUCACUCAGGCACACUCACAUCUCCUGCCAACAUGUCCUACAGCUGCUGCUCUGGAAACUUCUCCUCCCGCUCCCUUGGGGGCCACCUGCACUACCCAGGCUCCUCCUGUGGCUCUUACCCCAGCAACCUGGUCUACCGCACUGACCUCUGCUCUCCCAGCACCUGCCAACUGGGCUCCUCUCCCUCCAGUGGCUGUCAGGAGACCUGCUGUGAGCCCACCAGCUGCCAGACAUCCCGUGUGGUGUCCAGCCCCUGCCAGAUGUCCUGCUACCACCAGAGGACCUCCAGGCUCUGCAGUCCCUGCUGGACUGCUUACCCUGGGUCUAUGGGCAUUGGGUCCAGCAGCUGUUGCUCCCUGGGCUAUGGAUCCAGAAGCUGCUACUCAUUGGGCUGUGGAUCCCAGGGCUUCAGACCCCUGGGUUUUAGAGUCUAUGGUUUUCCUUCUCUGAGCUGUGGAUCCAGAUUCUGCCACCCAUCCUACUUCACCUCUAGGAGCUACCAGUCAUUGUGUUACAGGCCACCCUGUGGAUCUGGCUUCUAUAGAGCAACUUGUUGA